CACAAGGGAAAUCAAAUAUCUUUCUCUGUGGGACAGAGAACUGGGCAGAGCAGGACCGACAAGCAACCAAAUCUACAGAGCAGCCUCACUUCUCCGUGACUGGACUGUGUGGCCCUGAGCUAAAAAGCGCAGAAGCUUGGAUGGUAUUCUGCACCAGCCAUGCAUAGCCUCAGACUCAUCAUGAUAGCAGUUGGCCUUCUUCUUUGCUACCUCCUGCUGUACCCUGUGGAUGCCAUUUCAUACAGAAAGCAGACAAAUGUCUCAACACCUCUUGUCUCAGCCUUCAGAUCCCAACCAUCUUCCUCAAUCCCCUUUUCCUGCCAGACCCUGCUCCCAAAGUCCCUCCCUGGCUUCACCCACAUGACCCCUCUACCCAAGUAUCUGGUUGGCCUGGCUCUCAGGAACGCCCUGGAGGAAGCUGGCUGUCAGGCUGAAGUCCAGGCCCUGGACCUUCAGCUCUACCGCUGGGGUGGUCUGAAUGCUACGCAGGUCCUCAUCCACUACCUUCAAGGGCUCCAGAAAGGUGGAAGCACAGAGAGCAGAGUGUCUGUGGAAGCUCUCGCCUCAGCUCUACAGCUGCUAGCCAGGGAGUACUCAAAGAGGACGCGGCGCUCCCCCACCACCACCAACUGUGAGAAUGAGCAGGAGGAGAGAGUCUACAAUGUCAUCCGGCUGUUGCCAGGAGUGGGAACCUAUUACAAUAUAGGCACAGCUUUGUAUUAUGCGAUUCAGAAUUGCUCGGACAAGGCUAAGGAACGAGGUAAACAUGGUGCCAUAGAUCUGGGAUAUGACCUUCUGGCAGCUAUGGCAGGAAUGUCAGGGGGGCCCAUGGGUCUAGCAAUUAGUGCUUCUCUUAAACCAGCAUUGAAGGCUGGGGUAGAGCACUUGAUCAGGUAUUACUCGGAAGAGAAAGUGGCAAGCACCCCUCAGCUAGAGGCCAACAUGGUGGACUUGUGGACCACUUCCUAUGUGAGUCACUUGGAAGAAACAGUGACCACAGCUCUUUCCAUACCCCAAGAAGUAAGUCCAGCUCCCUUCUGGGGGUGGGCCUUAUUCAACAGCUAUGGGCGUGUUUUGGUGUGAGUCAUGGUAACCACAGAAAGAAUAAAUCCCCACACUAUACAAUGUGUGCUCAAAUCUAAAUUUCUGAGGUGUGUGUGGUGAAUGGAAUCCAAAUUUCUGAUUUGUUAACCAGAAAGAAAGCAGUGCUGUAAAAUACUGAGAUUUCAGUUUGCAGUAUGUAGUGAGAAGAUUUGGUUUGAAAUCCAUCUGCACUUGUUACAGUCUGUCAUUACUGAUGAGAGAUCUUUUUUCCUCAAAACUCAAUUUUAAAUUUCUUAAGUAGAGAUAAUGAUUUUCCACCUCAGUGUUUUUGUUGUUGUUGUUGUUGUUUGGUCUUUUUUUUAAACGGUACCGGGGAUUGAACUCACCACUGCCUGCUUGCAAAGCAGGUGCUUAUGCCACUGAGCUAAAUCCCCAGUCCUGAACGGGUUGUUACAGCAAUUUAAACCUAUAGUGUAAACUUGGUGCUAUAGCUGUAACCUCAAUAAAUCAUUAUUAUUAAAGUU